AUGUUUGGCCAAGACAUCUGUGGCUACAGCAGCAAGACAGUUUAUGUCUGCUUUAAAUACAAGAGCAAUCGUCGCAACAUCAGGAAAAAGAUUAAAUGCAAGGAUGAUAAGCUGACUCACCUGCACAUGCUGAUCCUGAAUCGGGAUCUGACCUAUGAGGUAGAGGUUGACAACGAGAAGGUGGAAUCUGGCAGUCUGGAGGAUGACUGGGAAAACUGGCCUCUUAAGAAAAUUAAGCACCCUAAAGCCAAGCAGCCAGAGGACUGGGAUGACCGUGCUAAGAUUGAUGAUGCUGAUGACACCAAGCCUGAGGACUGGGACAAACCUGAAAAUAUUCCAGAUCCUGAUGCCAAAAAGCCUGAAGACUGGGAUGAAGAUAUGGAUGGAGAGUGGGAGCCGCCCAUGAUCCCCAACCCAGAGUAUAAAGGAGAAUGGAAACCCAAACAAAUCGACAAUCCCAACUACAAAGGACCAUGGGUGCAUCCUGAGAUUGACAAUCCUGAAUACAGUGCGUCUAUCUACACGUUUGACAACAUUGAGUCUAUAUGUUUUAACCUUUGGCAGUACAGACCUGGUGCUAUCAUUCUUUGACGACUUCCUGAUCACAUAUUCCAUGUGACAAAGGAACCAGAGGAAAAUGAAACAGGAGCAGGAUGACUUGAAACGAAAAGAAGAGGAAGUAAAAAACAAAGAAACUAAAGCUGAUGAAGAUGAAUACCUGGGUCAAGAGGAGAAAGAAGAGGGAGAGGAAGAAACAAAGGAAGACUUAGAGGAAGCACUUUCAUAAAUGGAUGACUGAGCUCUGAGGAGGUGUGGCCUGAGAUUUCUUCUGCCACUCUUUCAGAAGCUCUGUCCUGUCUUUCCCAGGGGUAUUGUGACUGCUGACCAUCCUUUCCCUGAGAUCUGGAUGCAUCCCAACUUGUAAUAAAUGGGGACAAGUGAGUGUUAAUGGACUUGGUUGUGGACCCUUAAACUGCUGGACUGAUUGUGCUGACAGUUCAUUCCUCUUUUUGUAAUGACAGAUCAUCAUUGGUUCUGUCAUUUGCUGUUUUCUUGUGUGUGUGGUUUUUGGUUUUCUUUAUUUUUUUUAGGAUUUAUAGAUCUUCUAUUGUUUUUUUUUUUUUUUACAGAUUCCAUUUGUAGCUGCCUGUCAGCAUAUUUUGAAGGCUAACUAAAAGCUGUGGUAAAAGUUUCUUUUAGCCUGGUGGAAGAUAAAAUGCACAUCGCUCAACACAUAAUGCAUAAACCAAAACACUUACCUUCCCAAAAUCUGAAUACAGACAAAUCAAAACUAAUGCAUUUUGUAGCUUAUUUUGGUUUCAUGUCUGCAGCACUGAUUGUUUUCACACCUUUAGGGCAUAAAUGGAUGAAAUGUUAAGACAUGAUUUUUUUUUUCUUGAACUGAUUUACUUCAGCAUGUCUCCAUGAAAAUGUGAUUGGACUGCAUUGUAUCUGAAAAGUCUGGAGAGACACAUGCACAUACAUUGUAAGGGUUACAGUUAUUUUUUUAUUGGACAGAAUGUUACUGAUGCCAAAGUUUUUAAUUAAACGACGAUUACCUUAUAUUGUGUGGUCAUGUUGCAUACACUCACACAUUGGAGGCACUAAAUGUAGUUAAAAUGAUUAAAUUAUGUAACUUCUGUCACGCCCUCCAGUUCCAGCAAGCCAGGUCAUCAAUUCAAUGACGAGCAGCUGGGCUGAGUGCACAGCCGGCACUAAUAGACAAUCAGCACCCCAUAAAGCCCGGCUUGCUCCGCAGCUCCAACGCGAGAAGCCC